CAUCCCACUCGGAGCUUCCGCACCGCUUCUUCAACUGCUGUCAGAUAACAAGGAACACAGCUGCAAGCUAGCGCUAUGUUAUCACGAUCCAGAUGUGCUUACAGGACGCUUGGUCGCUCCCUGUCAGCGGUCAGCCAGGCCAAUAAUGUGCUGGUCCGACAAAGUGUAUCAGGCCUACCUGUCUGCAGCCAGGUAGUUUACAGGAACUCACAGCCAUGUGAAUUUCCAUCAUCAGGGAAUGUCUUCCACAUGAGAUACUUCAGGACGUCUGCUGUCCACAGGGAUGAGGUGGUCACAGUCAACACUCCUGCGUUUGCAGAAUCUGUUACAGAGGGGGACGUGAGGUGGGAGAAAGCUGUGGGCGACUCGGUGUCAGAAGAUGAAGUGGUGUGUGAAAUUGAGACAGACAAGACCUCAGUACAAGUCCCCGCUCCAGCAUCUGGUGUCAUCGAGGAGCUGCUGGUGCCUGAUGGAGAGAAAGUAGAAUCAGGGAUGCCGCUCUUCAAACUCCGGAAAGGAGUCGUUGCUGCCAAAGCUGCCCCCGCCCCGGCUGCAGAGGCCCCAGCUGCAGCCCCUCCCCCCCCACCACCUCCAGCCCUCAUUGCCAUGCCUCCAGUGCCACCGCAGGCUGCCCAAGCCAAACCUAUUUCUGCCAUCAAGCCCACAGUUGCAGCUCCCGCCCCCCCUCUUCCAACAUUAGGGGGCAGAGGAGAAAACAGGGUGAAGAUGAACCGCAUGAGGUUGAGGAUCGCCCAGAGGUUAAAGGAGGCCCAGGAAACCUGCGCCAUGUUGACCACCUUCAACGAGGUGGACAUGAGCAACAUCCAGGACAUGAGGAAACUCCAUAAGGAUGCUUUCUUGAAGAAGCACAACAUCAAGCUGGGUUUCAUGUCGGCCUUUGUGAAGGCUGCUGCUCACGCUCUGACCGACCAGCCUGCCGUCAACGCCGUUAUCGAUGAUUCAACCAAAGAGAUCGUCUACAGGGAGUACGUAGACAUCAGUGUCGCUGUGUCAACUCCAAAGGGGCUCGUUGUACCGGUGAUCCGUAAUGUUGAGACCAUGAACUUUGCUGACAUUGAGAAAGCCAUUAAUGCAUUGGGAGAAAAGGCCCGUGGCAAUCAGCUAGCUGUUGAAGAUAUGGACGGAGGCACCUUCACCAUCAGCAACGGCGGCGUGUUUGGCUCCAUGUUUGGCACGCCCAUCAUCAACCCCCCCCAGUCUGCCAUCCUCGGCAUGCAUGGCAUCUUCGACCGUCCUGUGGCCAUCAACGGCAAGGUGGAGAUCCGCCCCAUGAUGUACGUGGCUCUGACAUACGACCACCGACUGGUCGACGGCAGAGAAGCGGUGACUUUCCUCCGCAAGAUCAAAGCAGUGGUGGAAGACCCACGAGUGCUGCUUCUGGACAUGUGAUGUUUCUACAGCCACAUUACUCUCAUUUAAAGCUGCAUAACAUGAACUCCACCUCACAGAACACGCACAAAUCGUACAAAAUUGCCUAAACGACUUUGGUUGUCCCUUUAUUUGUUCAGAAUGCUGGAGGAUAUUGAAGUAGUGUUUAAACUCCAAACGGAGCUAAGAUAUAUGGUUUUAUCUUUAGAGAAUACACUUAAAAUGGGUUUUGGCUAGAUCAACAGAGCAUCUUGAAUUGGUUACAGUUUUGCUAAAUUUGAGAGACAUGUCACACUACUGUUAAACGUCUCAGGACUAAGAUUGGCAAAUGCAUGCUUAAGAUGUUUAAGAUACGGGUGUGUUAUGAUACCCAUGUGCUCUUCAGAUGGACAUAAUGAAGCAGUAGAUGAACACAUUUGUGAAAUCAUGAAACAAAAUGGCUUCUCCUGGCAACAAUAACCUUCAUGGCUUUCUCCCCUUCUCGUUAGUUGGAGCUCCUGAGCCACUUUUCCCACAGCCGGGCAAAGCGGAGCUCAUUCAAAUGAGUUCAAGAUGUCUUUUAAUGUUAACAAAGGAUUGAGAGAAUUCCUUGGUUUCCGGCUUGUAACUGUAACUACCGACAGCCUUGAUUAACAAAUCCGCAACCAGGAAACCAGGUUUUUUUGGAUAAAUGGCGUGUAUACCCGCACCAUGUCUGGAGGCGACUCCUGUUAUAUUCCUGCUUCACAUAUUCAUCCAUACUUUUUAUUUACACCUGCAUUGCAGAUCCUUUGUCCAUGUAAGUCUAAACAUGUUGAUCAAACUGUUACAAGCUUUUAGUAAAACAGUGUCUCACUGUUCAACCGUACAAACAAAAACCAAACACUAUGUUUUUUUACAGUAUAUUGUUUCUUUUUGGGCAAUAUGUUUGGAGAAAUGUUCAAAACGCACAAUUUGACAGCAGGUUUUUAUGUUGAGCUUGAAUAUUGGACGAGGUUUUCAUUAUGCUAUCCUAUAUAUAAAAUACUUGUAUCUAUUUAAAGAAACAGUUUUAAACAUUAAACAUCUCAAGAGUUUUAUGUA